AACAAACACCAGAGAGUUAUAUAUAUAUAUUCAGUCUCAGUGGGGGGGGUUCAUCACCAAAUUCUCUCAUUUUCUCAUACAUCCAAUUAAUGGCAAGAGUUUCAGAACCUCUGAUUGUUGGGAGAGUCAUAGGAGAUGUUAUUGAUUCUUUCACGCCAAGCCUAAAAAUAUGUGUCACUUACAACAACAAGCAGGUCUGCAAGGGGCUUGAGCUCCAUCCUUCCUCAGUAACCACCAAACCAAGGGUUGAGAUUCAAGGAGCUGAUAUGAGAUCUUUUUUCACACUGGUGAUGACUGACCCAGAUGUUCCUGGCCCUAGUGAUCCUUAUUUAAGGGAGCACCUGCAUUGGGUAGUCACAGACAUCCCAGGCACAACAGAUGCCACAUUUGGAAGGGAGGUUGUGAGCUAUGAGAUUCCAAGGCCAAAUAUAGGGAUCCACAGGUUUGUGUUUGUUCUGUUCAAGCAGAAACGAAGGCAAUCAGUGAACCCACCUUCUUCCAGGGAUCACUUCAGCACCCGAAGUUUCGCAGCCGAAAACGAUCUCGGCCUCCCAGUUGCUGCUGUUUAUUUCAAUGCACAGAGAGAAACAGCCGCAAGAAGACGCUAAACAUUAACUGAAUUGAAGCCCCUAAAAAAAAAAAAACUCCAUGCUAAUGCAGUAGUCUAUUAGAAUAAAAAGAGGAGUUCUCAGCUGCCUUGGAUCUCUUUUCUAAUCAUGUAAAAAAAAAACACUCUCCUGUUUGUGCA